AUGGUAAUUAAUUUUGAUUGGGCGCCUUCUACGUCGGUUGCCAAUUUGACGAGCGAACAAGUUGUGCAGCUAUGCGGUGUGCUCAACUCAACCUUGGACCUUCAGGCAAUCACGAGCACGAGCACUGCAGAGGUUUUCUCAUCAACCACCAUUCCGUUGCAUCCUCGUCCCUCCACGAUGAUGGCGGUCACAAUUGGAUUCCUUUUUGUCUCACUGAUCAAUCUUUGUGCAGUUGCCGGAAUCGGUGUGAUGCGCUAUCUUUCGAAAAAUGUCUAUAAUCAGGUGAUCACAUUUUUCGUUGGUCUCGGUGUCGGCUCUCUAUCUGGAUCGAGUUUUUACCAUCUCUUGCCAAAUGCGCACCCGGCUCUGCUUGAAGAAGUCGACGAAUAUGGAAAUCUCACUCACUCGUAUCUGCGGAUGGCCCAUUUUUCACUUCUUGGCAUCUAUACGUUUUUCAUGUGCGACAAGAUCAUAAAGAUUAUUCUGGAGUGUAAAAAGAAAUCACGUGGUGCUGAGUGCAGUACGGCGGAGACGGGUCGCGCUGGCUGGACCAUUGAGAGAAAAGGAAGUGGAGACGUGAGUGAUCGCAGUGAAAAAGCCUUGCUGAAUGGCCAUCACAAGAGUUGUGAGGAAAUUCCCCUACAACCGGUCACGAAUGGAGCAUUUGGCGGUAGCAGGAUGAGCGAACAGGCGCACGGUGUUUGCGUCCAUGAUCAUUCGAUCGAAUGGCAAGUUGGUCAAUCGUCUGGACAGGCAAUUGCGGCUGUUGCAUGGAUGAUCAUCUUUGGAGAUGGUUUUCACAACCUCAUCGAUGGGAUCUCUAUUGGUGCUGCUUUCUCGGAAUCGAUUCACUCGGGCGUUUCUGUUGUCCUUGCCGUUCUCUGCGAAGAAUUCCCGCAUGAGUUAGGUGAUGUGGCAAUUUUGGUGGCUUCCGGCAUGACCCUUCGCCAGGCUCUCAUCUACAAUCUGCUCUCUGCCAUGACGUGCUAUAUUGGAUUUGCAUUUGGGGUGGUGGUCGGUGAAAUUGGACCGGAUUCAACAAAAUAUGCCUUUGGAUUGGCUGGCGGAAUGUUCCUCUACAUUUCAUUGGGAUGCAUGAUGCCAGAAAUGAAGAAGGCUAUGGAGGAAGCCUUAGAAGUUUCACUUGCCCAUGGAAUCAAGGUCUUGGUUUUGCAAACGGUUGGCAUGUUCUGCGGUCUAACGCUGAUACGCUCGUGCUCGCAUUCCAUUACGGAAACGCUCAAAAUCCGAGCCGGCGUUGCACAUCGCCAAUCAAACGUCAUUCAACAGAUCUCCGUUGUUUCAAUCGGUUCCUCCGGUGAUCCGCCGCCGACCACAUCACAAAGGCAGCCGGAAAUUCGCGAAGUUGAGCGGCAAAAGUUGAAGAGACUUCGUCUUGAUUCGGUCGGCGAAAUACCAGUCGAUCCUUUAGAAGAAGAAAUGAUGGGAAAACCCGUGAGCUACACGAAAGAUUUAAACGAAUAUGUGAUCACUUGGAAUAAUCUUGACCCGACGAGAGAUCCAUUUCAAGCGGAUCGUCUGUCGAGGAUAUCCGAUUGGGUGGAGAGCACCGAGGGAGGAGUGAUCGACUCAGAGGAGGAAGAAGAGGAGGAAGGAGAGGAGGAGGAAGAGCAGGAGAAAUCGGGAACUGGGGGAAAUGAAGGUGGAUUGCUUUCGUUGAGUGACAGGAAACGAUCACUGCCUGUGGAAUUCGUUUUUGGAGAAGAGGGGAGAGAGGGGAGAGAGGACGAGAGAACACACCAAUCUCUGCCAGAAACGAGUGCAAUUCCACAGUCAUCAUCGCUAUUCCGUCACGAGCUCUACACAUCACCGGCAAGACCAUCGUCGAGUCAUGGCAGGAAAACGAUUACUGAGGAAAGUUUCACAUCGGAGCAAACGAAGAAAACAGAAGAUGCUUCACGAAUCGGACAAAUCGAUCAUUUAGAAGAGAUUCCGUUUGAUAUAGGAAUGCAGGUGACAGCCGCGGAGAGCUCAGCGGACGAGGGAACUUUCCCGUACAUUACUCGAUAUCGAAGUGCCACUUUUCCCUUGCGCUCAUCGACAUAUAUCAGCUCGUUUCUCGACCAAAAAUUAGAGUCAGAAGACAGAAAAGAUGCAGAAAAAGAAGAAUUUUCUACAAAUAUUAUUGGAAUUGCGAGGCACAUCGUUGAGAGAAGAGAAGAAGAGCAGUCCUCGGUCACUUUGGAAGAAGAGAAAGAGACACCAAUCUUUGGAGUGAAGGGAGAAGAGGAGCAGUCCUCGUUCACUGAGAGUGACACCGAGGGAGGGAUACGGCCGGUGAUUGCAGGGUUUUAUGGACAAAUGCCGAUUAUAACCAAUCUAAUCACCGAUACUUAUGAAGGAAAUGAAGAAAAAGAGGAAAUUGAAGUUGAAGGGGGAAAGAAUCCCGCUGUAAAUCUCGCACAACUCAUGGAGUUGGUGAAAAAACAGGAACAGUCGUUGGAAAGUGAUGUGGAGGUGGUGGUGACUGAGGGAGCGGCGGCGAUUGAUGCGAGGCAUGCACAGAGUGAUGAUCUCAGAUUCAGAGAUCCGUUCGACGAAUCAGAUGUGGAUUGGUUGGGUGAAUUGGCGGCGUUCAGCAUGAGAAAAACCGGUGAAAGGAAUGUUACAUUGAGUGAAGAGAUUCGGCAACAAAAUCUCACCUCUUCCUCAUUCACUCAUGCCGAUAUCCCGUUAGCGAUUCUCAUUCGCCGGAUAGCUUCAUCGGAUAGUGGAGACACUCAGAAAGUUAUCGAGAUUCUGAGUGAGCCCGAGGUCGACCAGUCAAUCCAUCCAACUAUUCAGCAAGAAAAAGAAAACCUCGAGACAUCUAUCGAAACGGAGAAUGAGGAUGAGGAAGAGACAGAGAUCAUGGUGACCGAGCGUUCAUCGAAGAGUGGCCGCUCAACGAUUUCCGAGGAUUUCCUUCCGAAAAGAGGAGAAUUGCCGAGAGUGGAAUCGGGCGGAGAUUUCGGGAAUUUCGAGGAGUCGGAAAAGUCGGAGAAAGACGAUUCAUCAAGUGCUUCAAGUCACGAUGAGCAUUUCGAUUUGAGCAAGUAUCCGGUGAUUGGAGUGAAAGGGGAAGAGGUGGUUUGGGUGCUGAGACGGGAAACAGAGAUUCAAGAACAGGAGCAGGGACAGGGACACGAUAACUAUUCAAGAAAAGAGACGGAGAUCUCCGGCGAAACCUAUAUUCUAGAGAAUGGGAAAUUCGAGGCCGAAUUCCAAAAAGGACAGGGUUAUUCGAGGAAUUUGACGGAUUUUUCGAGUAUUCUGUCGCCGGAUACAGUGCCGGAUAGCGGGGGGACGUACACUGUCGAGAAAGAUGUGAAAAUCGAAGAUUUCAUGUUGAAAGAUGAUCCACUGUUUAGAAAACGAGAAGUGGAUGAGAAAAAGGAAGAGAAGUUGAUGGAAUAUGAAGAGGUCGAGGUGAGGCUCAUCGUUUUGGCGAAAGACGAGAAGAUUCAACGGCAAGUGAACAAAGAAACGACAAGAUUUGUUGAACAGAUUGCUUCCACCAUCACCACCCAUCCACACAGCAUUGAGGGAAAUGAAGAGCUCAUGCAGAAGAGAGAUUUGUUUGAAAUUGAAAACAUUCAUGAAGAAGAUCAAUUGAUGGACAGAAAUUUGGCAAAGAGUGAACAUUUCGAUGAUGAGCCUCAGAACUUAUUCAAGGAUUUGGUGGAAAUUGCAAAUCAAAACACAAAUCUUACUGAAGAAAGUCAAUUUUUGGACAGAGAAUCACUGAAAAUUGCAAGCUUUGUUGCUGGAGAUGAAGAAAUGCACAAAAAUUCGGCAGACGAGGAAAAUUUUAGUGCUGAAGACCAAUUGAAGAGAAGUUUACCAGAUGAAGAACUUAAACAAGAAAGAAAUAUUGAUGCUGAAGAUCAAAAAUUGCAAAAUCAAAGAGAGUUGUGCGAAACGAAUCGAGAACUUGAACGUCAACUAGAAAACAAGGAAGAGAUUGUUGUUCAAGGGGGAAAAGGCAGUGACGAGGAUCGAGUGAAAGCAGGUGAAGUUGAAGAAGAAAAAUUCGAUACAGACUUAAUUCUAAAAGAGUUUCAAGCUCAAGAAUCAAUUUCUGAUCAUGAAGUUGAAGUUGGUCAAGGGCAAGAGGCACUUUCAUUUAAAAAUAGAGCUUCUGGAUCUCCGGAUCACAGUCAGAAAUCGAUUCCUGAAGAAUCUGAAUCAAACAAAUCCGAAUCCGAAAGCAGGAAAAUUUCCGUCGAUUUAGUUCAAGAGAUUUUGGAGGGAUUGAUGAAAAGUAAAGCAACAUUUGAACAAAAAGAAAUUCCUGGAAAUUCUAAAGAAAGAUUUGACGAGGAAAACGAAAAGGAAAGAAUUGACGAAGAAAAGAAAACCCCCACAAAACCAUCAAUGCAACAAUUGCACGAUCAACUCGUCCACAUUUUCGUUUCCGCUGAGAGUUUGCCCGAUUCCCCAUCGCCCGACUCGCAAUCGCUCGAGAAGGAAAAUGCCGGGGGAAAUCUGCGCAAAUCGUCGGCACUCUUGCAAAGGCAAUACAGCGGUGGAUCGCGGAAGAACAGCAAAGAGUCAAGCGGGGAUCGGGUCAAACAAAUGAGAAGCGGAGAGGCACAAUGGACACGCUCGGAUACAUUGCAGUCGGAUGCGAGUCAGCUCUCGUAUGUCUCCUCCGAUAUGGAUCGGUCGAGUCUGAUGAAAAUGAACUACAACAGUAAUGUCGAUCAAGCCGCAUGGAAAGAUGGACAUGUUGAGGUGGACAUCGCUGAAGUCGAUCAUUUCUGGGAUUAUCGAUACGCGAAAGAUCAAAACGAAAAAGAAAAAGAAAAAGAAAAGGAAGAAGAUGAAAAAGAGGAAAAACCCUCGAAAGCGAACACACCAACUGGGGAGCCAGAAACGGGAACCGUGCUCAAGAAGUCCGUGAAGGGACAAGACCAACUAUUGGCGAGCACUGUUCAACGCUACUAUGGUCGUCGCACGCCUCUCCCGUCGAUCACGCCCGAUUCGGCGACGAACAAGUCAUUCAACUUCGACGAAUCCUCCCAAAUUAUCGCCAUUUCUUCCCCAGAAAGCGAGGGUGUCUCAAUUGUAAUACCGACAAACACAAAGGAGAUCACUCAGAUUACAGUACAACAAGAAGAAAAAGCUGACGAAUCGCAAGGAUCGAUCUCGAUCGGAUCACUCUCGGAAAGCGAUGCUGACGAUGAAGAGAUUAAAGAGGAACUCAAUCAAAGUCAAAAUUUCUUCCGUUUGGCGAAAAUCUCGUCGGGGAGUGACACCGAUCAGAUUGAUGAUCUCGUCGUUGAUGAGGACUUACCACCAAAAAGUGAGGAUCAAUCGUUGGCAAGACGUGGUCGGAAAGGAACACCACAUCCGAGCGCUGAGAUCCGAGAUAGACGAAAAGGAAACAGAGGAGGACUCCACCCAUCAACCAAUCCAUCAACAACACCCGCCCUCAUCUCUCCACAAAAUACCCUCAUUCGUAUGAUGCUGAAACGGUCGGCGAGCACGGAAAGCUCGGCACAACUGAAGAAAACGAGCAAUCACACCUCGAUGAACGACACCGCGUUUCACUCACCUGAACUCACAUAUGAUUCGGCUUCUCCCAGACUCACCGAUUCACAGGAGUCUCUACUAGAAGACGAGGAACGUUUGAAUGCCCUCUUGGAGGCAUCCGGCAGUCCGAACGGUCGGAAGAGUGUCACUUUCUCGGAAGUGACCGACAACGGUCCACUCCUUCGUUCGAGUUCCGCGAUUCGUUUACGCGGUUACAAGGGCAUUUUGAAGAAAGAGGACAAGCAACGAGAGAGUGUUCGCCGGAUUUUGGAGUACGCAAGCGAGCGAUUGUAUAAAGAUUUGUGUCUCUUGAUUGAGGAGAGAGAUCGAGCGAUUUGUGCUUUGGAGAUUACCCCGAUUGACACAUCGGGCAUGAGUCCGCACUCGGCUGAGGCACAGAUUAACUAUCGCGAUCAACUCCUCCAAAACAAGGGCACUUUGGAUGCGCGAAUCGAUACUCUUUGGAGGAAGCUCAAAAAUGCGCCGAUUGAUUUUGUGAAGCUUCAAUGUGCCUGGAUUUUCACGGUAAGCGAAUCAUCGCAACUGACGAUGAAAAUUCGUAGACGCGUGCUGCCGAGGAGGAAUUCUGCUUAUUUUUCGCUCGAGAGAAAGAAGAAAUCGGACAUCGAGCUGGCGUCUGAAUAUGCGCAGAAAUUGGCACGAAUGAGAGCCGAAUUGAUUCGAAAAGACUCGGAACACGAAGAUCAAGAUUAUCUUACGCUCUUGCAACGAGUCUCAAAAACACUUGGAAAUCAAGAUGCUCUGUUUCAAAUUGCUCGAGCAAGAGAUGUCAAAUUCGACAAAAUAUCA